CCGAAAAUUGUGUUGGGUUGCUGCUGUGGAUGUGAAGUGAACGCGUUUGCGAGAAGAGUGUCGUCGUGGAUGCGGGUUGGAAUCGUGGGAGGUGAGACGACGAGCGGUUGUUGGACGAUCGCAGGGGCAGCAGCCUGGCAAAAGCGACGACGACUGAACUGAAGCAGUCAAGUCAGUGAGAGAACGUCAGCCCAAGUGUGAAGUCGGUGCGAGUUUUUGUCCGCAGCCACAGUGGAAGAAGCUAAUCGAAAGGAAAAAAAGUCCGAGAAAAGGAGUGGAAAAUUGAUAGUCACACACGGUGUGUGCGAGUUUUCAAAGUUUGUUCUCGAUUCCGGUGCGCUUUCUGGCGGAAGAUUUGGAGGUGAUCUCCUGGGCAGCCCUGCUGCUGCUGCUGGGUGGUGGCGAAGCCUCUCGGUGCUGAAAAUUGUGCGUAAUGUGGUGUCGUGCUAAAUCAUCGCAAUAGGCUCCGAGCGAAAAAAAGUGUGGAAAAAAUCAGUGGUUGAAAAUUUUGCGUUCGAUCGGCGGCAGUCGGUGCUGCUGCUGCUGCUGCGGAGUGAUUCCAGAAUCCGGAGCGUUCCGGAGGGUGUUACCGGCGGCCCAGGUGCCGCGUAGAUUGAAAAUAGAUCACCGGAGGAAUACCACGAACCACGACGACGACGACGACGACGAUGUCUGAUAAAGUGUCGAUAUCGCCAUCCAAAAGUCGGAGGCAAUUACGCGAGCGGAAACAGCGGAAGCUCUACUCGGACGAUUGGGCCCUCGGCGACGAUGACUACGAGGGGGCGCGCGGUUUCAGCGUUGCCGAGAAGCUGGAAUCGGCCCGUUUUGCGCAGUCCGGGAUGGUGCGCGAGAUGAAAGGAACCGAUCUCACCGUCGGCUUCCUCCAGCAGUACGGCUUCAACAUACCGCUGCUGUUCAAGGAGAAGACCGGCCUCGGACUGCAAGUGCCAUCAGCCAACUUCACCAUCAACGACGUGCGGAUGUGCGUCGGGUCCCGCCGCGUCCUGGACGUGAUGGACGUCAAUACGCAGAAAAACGUCGAAAUGACCAUGAAGGAGUGGGAACGAUACUACGAAGACCCGACCAAGAAGAAGCUGCUGAAUGUGAUUUCGCUGGAGUUCUCGCACACCAAGUUGGAAAACUACGUGCAGAGUCCGCACAUCGUGCGCCAGAUCGACUGGGUCGAUGUGGUGUGGCCGAAGCAGCUGAAGGAAUCACAGGUCGAAGGAACGAACGUGUUGAACGAGAUGAUGUAUCCCAAAGUGCAAAAGUAUUGUCUGAUGUCGGUGAAGAAUUGCUAUACGGAUUUCCACGUGGAUUUCGGUGGGACGUCAGUGUGGUACCAUAUUUUGAAAGGUAGUAAAGUGUUUUGGUUGAUUCCACCCACGGAGAAGAAUCUACAGCUGUACGAAAAGUGGGUUUUGUCCGGCAAACAGUCGGAUGUGUUCUUCGGCGAUACGGUCGAAAAGUGCGCGAGAGUUUACCUGACGGCAGGUAACACAUUCUUCAUUCCAACCGGGUGGAUUCACGCCGUUUAUACACCAACAGAUUCGCUAGUAUUCGGAGGAAACUUCCUCCACUCAUUUGGGAUAGUAAAGCAGUUGAAAAUCGCCCAGGUCGAGGACAACACCAAGGUACCGCAAAAGUUCCGGUAUCCAUUCUUCACGGAAAUGCUUUGGUAUGUACUGGCCAAGUAUGUGUACACUUUGCUGGGGCACUCCCAUCUGGAAGGGGAAGCAGGUCGGGAGGCGGAACUUGCCGGGAAACAACAUGUGCAUUUAACCCACUACGAACUAUUCGGACUGAAGGAAAUCGUAAUGUACUUGUACGACCUGCCGCCACAAAAGAAGAAUGUUCCGGAUCUGAUCAAGGAUCCGGUGGCACUAAUCAAAGACGUGCGAACACUGGUCGAGCGUCACUGUAAAGACAAUCCGGAACAGGCAAUCACCGGAGUACCAGUACUCCACCCAGAUCUCAACAAGAGCAAUAAUUCGUACCUGCGCGAGCGCUACGAAUACUACGCCGGAGAAAGCGGAACCAAGACGCCGCUUUCCCACGAAGAUGAAGGAGAGGGAUCCCAAGCGAGUCUUGAGGAAAAUACUCCAGAUAUGAUGCCAUCACACCUUCAGCACCCUCAGGAAAGGUUGGUCUCGCCUAGUGUGGAGAGUUCUUCCACCGGUCAACUGGUUCCGGUCCCACAGGAAGAUUACGUCAGCACCAAUGGAACGGUAAUGGCCGCUCCGCCAAAUAUCCAGCAGCAUGAUGAUGAUCGAAACUUCGUCUCGCCACAACCAACGCGCCCUGGCGGAGGAGCAAUCCGUGGUCCGUACAAAAAGAGCAGUGGCAACACUAGCAGUGGAGGCGGGGGUGGUAGAUCCAGUGCGGAGAAACGCGAUGGUAACGGACCGCGACGGAGACGGACCCGCUGCAAGAACUGCGAGGCAUGCCAACGAUCGGAUUGCGGCGAGUGCAGUUUCUGCCUGGACAUGGUCAAGUUCGGUGGUCCGGGCCGAGCCAAACAGACCUGCAUGAUGCGCCAGUGUCUGCAGCCGAUGUUGCCGGUGACGGCGCAGUGCAUCCACUGUCACCUGGACGGUUGGCGGCAGGCACCGAUAACCGCGCCGGCACAAGCAAAGCUGCAGGCACAAAUGCAGGAGGGGCCAUCGUCGCUGAUGGAGUGCUCCGUGUGCUACGAAAUCACCCAUCCGGAGUGUGCCCAACGGUUGGCACCGGAAAUCAACGGUGUCGUGAACGAGGAUCUACCGAACAGCUGGGAGUGCCCCAGCUGCUGCCAGUCCGGCAAGAACACGGAUUAUCGGCCUCGCCAUUUCCGAGCGCGUCAAAAGUCUUCGGACAUCCGCCGGAUGUCGGUCAGCAGUGAUGCCUCUUCGGUGGGUCAUAAUACCGACCUGGGCCGGAUAGGUGGUCCAUCGGUGAUUCAGCAAACCGUAAGUAGCAGCGUGGCAGCGGGUGGCGUUCACGGUACUGGAGAUAUGGCCGUGAGGAAUCCGGUGGUAGUGCCGAGGUUCCAGAACGAUAUGCUGUAUGAUUUCGCCGUUUCCGGGAAUGCCGUGAUCGUCGGUGGGAACGGGGGCAAUAUUCUACUAGAGCGGAAGCCGAAAAUUAAGGACGAGGACGUUUCGAGUGGAUCGGAACAAGAUCCCGGUCAGAAAAUGGCUCUUGGGGGUAUGUUGAUGCCAGCCAAUGUUCCGGUAAAGAUGGAGAUCAAAGAAGAACCGAUGGAAGCGGGGCACAGCAGCGGCUUGAAGCGAGAUGGGGAGGGAGCGACGGGAAUGCAUCCGGUGGGCGGUAUAGUAAUGCCAAAACGACGGAAGAGUGACGACGGUAACAGCAUGUGCAGCAGUAUGCAGGACUCGGUGGACAUAAGUGAACACAAUCACAGCCUUCCAAGGAAGAAGUCGUCCCUGAGGACACAACUAGCACAUCAAAUCCAUAGUUCAUCCACGAAAACUAUGAAGAAACCUCUGUAUCCGGUAAGACCGGCACAUGUCCACACUCCGGUCCUGUCACAACCAGGAAACUACGCACUAGAUCCGACCUGUUUACUGGCAGUAUUCCGCUAUUUGCCACCGGAAACAUUGGUGACUUGUUCUCUGGUGUGUAAAACUUGGUCCAACAUCUCGGUGGAUCCCGCACUGUGGAAGCGUAUGAACUGCGCUGAGUACAAACUUACUGCUAGUCUACUGACGGCCAUCGUCCGCCGUCAACCCGAGCAUCUAAUCAUGGAUUGGAUCAGCUUGGGAAAACGCCAGGUAACUUGGCUGAUUUCACGAAUCCCCGGACUGAAGCAUUUAUCCCUGCAGGGAACACCGAUCCAAGCAGUUUUGGGCCUUCACACCUGUAUGUGUCCGCCACUGCAAAUUCUCGAUCUCAGUUUUGUGGCCGGAUUGAACGACUCGGCCAUCCGCGAAAUCUUAUCCCCUCCGAAGGAUUCCCGCCCGGGUCUGGCGGAUUCCAAGUCGCGCUUGCGUAACCUUAAAGUACUGAAACUGGCUGGAACGGACAUCUCGGAUGUCGCCUUGCGGUACAUCACCCAAGGACUCCCGAGCCUGACCCACCUGGAUCUGUCCUCGUGUCAGCGGAUAACCGACGCCGGAAUUUUCCAGAUCGGAACGGCCCCGGCUUCGGUCAAAACCCUGGUAGAACUUGAUCUCAGCUGUUGCAAGCUAAUAACGGAAACGUCGCUCGAUCAUCUGACCAAGUGCGAUGCCCUGACGAGGCUCGAUCUGAGCCACGUGCCCCAGGUGACGACCCAGGCGGUCAUCAAGUUUGCUUCGACGUCCAAGAACGAUCUCCAGCUGCACGACAUCAAGCUGGUGGACAAACGGAAACCGGCUCAGUAAAUGAAAUGGGAGACAUGAACACACAGACACAGUUCUACGAUAAUACGCUUCUUACCGCGCUCGCUGCCAUCUAUAGAAUUUAGUUGAGAGUUUUUUUUAGGGAAAACUGAGAGAGCUGAAAGCAUUUGAUCGUCUACCGAUACAGCAAUUAUGUUAUACAAAACGAGCGUGUAUGUGUACCCCGGAAGGCGGACCCCGAAGUACCCGGAAACCUUGUGCUAGUGAUUUUCCUCACAAAUUUUCUCUUGAUCACACAAUAUUGUAGCAUGUAGGGAUUGUAUAUGUAUAAGGCAAUUAAGGAUACACAAUUUAGAACUUUUGAGCAUCAGAUUGGUGUGAACGCAGUAGAAUUAUGAAAACACGCUGAUGACUGUGUGUAUGUGUUUAUGAUGAUUGUGUGUAUGUGUAUGUAACGUAGAUCAGUUUCGCUAAUUUUCGAUAGAACUUAAGGUUAAUGGCGAUGGCGUUAGUGGAAGUGUGACAGCUGAAACAGACGUAGGAAAUAUACACAAUCGAUGAAAAUUAUAUGUCAAGUAACAUUUUUAGUCAAACAAACUGGGAGAGGUUCUUGGAACCAUCAUAAAACCAAUAUAGAAGGUAUAAGGCUUUAUGAUGGUUAUCACAACCUCUACAAGACUAAUUGGUAUUCAAAAUGUUACUUGGGCUGUACUGAAUGGCUUACAAAUUAUUUUCGAACUAAUUUGAUGGAUGGCAGUCACUGAUUCAGGAAUUCUUUGAUUAUACUGACUUAUGGUAAACUGAAGCAUAUUCGGGAUGCCUACUACCCGAGCAAAUCUUGAUAAACCUGGAAUUAUCAGAGAAUUGUAUUACACUGAUGGCCGUGACUGGUAAUGGAAGUUGUCAUGCCUUUUCUACACAUCCGGUAAGCUUAAGCUCAAGUAACAUUUUGAUGACAAAUUAGUCUUGUAGAGAUUUUGAGAAUCGCCUUAAAACCUUAUAACUUUUAUUUUGGUUUUAUGGCGGUUCUAAGAACCUCUUCUAGUCUAUUUGACUAACAAAUGUUACUUGGAUUUGAAUCUACGAAACAUUUCAUUACUACGCAACGCAUUUUGCUGCCCUUGAACAUUUCCGUAAGGUACAAACCAUCUAACCAUUGGCAUGUUCAUAAGCUAUGAUAUACCUCUUUCACAUAUUUUACAAGUUCUGGAGUGAUUCAAUCUGUUUAAAAAUAACUCAAAACAGUUCUUGGAGCUAGCACCUGAAGAUAUUUCUGUAGAAUUUUCUCAGGGCAUCGUACACUUACUUUGCACGUACUGAAUAUAUUAAAAUACUAAAUUGCUUUUCACUGAACAGCUCUUGUCUUUACAAACACUUGUCCCAAAAUCAUUACCAUCUUGAAAGGUAAGCAUUCAGCGAUCAAUAGCUUUCCUAAGGUGGACCAUCAUUGGAAAGCUGAACAACAAGCAGACACACUCCCGCCUAACGUCUCCGUCGUCCGUAACACACAAAUCUAUACCAAAGACUACGUUUUAAGUUCACCGUGAAUAAAAAGAUUAGUUUUCUUGUGUCGAUUUUAAGCGAACUUAUGAUUUGACUAGCCAUUAUGAAACAGCAGCGUCUCUAACGUUUAAGUGAAAGAUUUCCGUUUUUCUGCGAAAAACAGCCCUACAUAUAGAUAGACACGUAGAUUGAGAGAUAAGUCAAAGAUAAGUCUCCUAGAAGAAGAUUCGUUUGCAUGCGCUGCACUUGAUAUUGGAAGCGAAGCAGUGUUACUUAAGGUUAAGAAAAAUACGAUGUAAGAUCGAUUUUCCGUUAUUUCGGAGCAUAGCUGAUUCCCGCUCGGAACGAGUCCUGUUCGAAUAGUCUGUCCUAGCUCGAUUAGUGGCAAUUAUCCUUGGAAAUGUCUACCGUCAUACAGCAUAACAACUACCCACGAAUUCUCGUUCCCAAAAUUUUCUUCUAUCUGAUCGUGCUUAGGAAAUCGAUCUAGAUGCGUAGCAGCUAAAACAGUUGUGGUAGUAUUUGUCGUUUGUUCGUUGUGAUUGAUUGCUUAACUACACGUAUGAUAGGAAAAUCCUCUGUAUGUUCAGUUGUUCGUCGUCCCUGAAGCAAGGCCUCACCUUGAUUCUAUCGGUUACUUUAGCUGCAUUCUUUAUUCUACUAAUGCAAAACUCGUAGCAAAGCCUUAGAUUAUGUUUAGUUUAAAAAAAAACCUACAAAUGAGCCAUUUUUACCAGCACUCAGAAACCAAUAUUUCUUGUGACGAAUUUAUCUUUACGACUUUCGAAUGUGUGUUACAAGUAGUUUGCACCGUACGCAUUGUGUCUGCGACAUUUCCCCGCGUGUUUAUACCGAAUAUAUUUAGAGCAUAGACGAUAUACUAUCGAAUGCACUGCACACACACAGAAACACACAGUUAUUAUUACAAAACAAACAUGCAUACAAAGCAGAAACAAAUCUUAUUCCUUUAAGCAUAAGAUAAAACAACAGAUAAGUACAUGCAUAGAGUUAUAGCUCGCCCCCUCCGAGUUAGUUGAUGCCAGCAUAACAAAAAUAAUGGAACUAAGCAUUAUAUAGAUCUAAAUAGGGGUCAAUCGAGGAGGUACCUUUCCGUUUAAGUAUAGUCUAGUGUAGUAAUGUACCACAGUAGUACAGUAGCAGCAGCAGCAGUAACAAGAGAAAGUUAAUCCCAGGGGACGCCCAAUCUAAUAUUUGUAAAUAAAUUGGAUGAAUAAUAAC